AUGGCUAUCUUAACUCUCCCUUUACUCGUCUUGUCUUCAUUGCUCAACUGCCAUACUGAGGCCGCUGCGUUUCAAAAACGUGUUUCGGUAGCACAAGUGGAACGCUCUGUUUCUGCUAACGCGGCCAGAACCAACCUAGGUGCCUUCCAUUUGGCCAAGUCAUAUGCCCGAUACAAUCGGCCAAUUACUCAGGAGCUGAAACGGGGCGCCGGACAGCGAGGGACUGUGACAUCAGUAAAUAAAAACAACGAUGCAUAUUGGGUGUCACCAGUAGAUAUAGAUGGGCAGAUUGUCAAUCUCAUUUUUGAUACCGGCUCCUCAGACCUCUGGGUAUUUUCAACUGAACUCUCUACAAACUCAAGUAGUGGCCAUAACGUCUUCUCACCCUUGAAGUCUCCGAGCUGGAAACUUCUUCCAAAUGAAACCUGGGAUACAGAGUACGGCGAUGGUUCAUAUGCUAGCGGUCUGGUGGGGUUGAACAAAGUCUCGAUUGGUGGUGCAGUGGUUGAAUCCCAAGCAGUUGAGAUUGCUACAAACGUAUCGGCUUCGUUUUCAAAUCUUGAGAGCGACGGGAUCGUUGGACUUGGCUUUACCAAUGGCAAUACGGUGGUGCCAAACCAGCAGAAGACGUUUUUCGACAACAUUGCUGGAGACCUUGAAAACCCCGUUUUAGGCGUGUCAUUGCGCCAUGAUGGCCCUGGUCAUUUUAAUUUUGGCUUCUUAGAUAAACGUUGGUAUACAGGGAAAAUUUGGUAUGCCGAUAUUGAUACAAUAGAUGGCUGGUGGGCGUUCAAUGCAACCGGGUAUGGAAUUGGAAGGCAUUUCAACAGCACGGUAACUCCCGCCAUUAUGGACACUGGCACCUCCCUGAUGGUCAUGUCCGACGACAUCGUGGUGCCGUAUUACUCGCAAGUCGCUGGUGCCACCAAUGGUACGAGCGGUUAUGUCUUUCCUUGCGAAUCCAAGUUGCCUAGUUUUACGCUGCGCAUCGGUAGCGGUGGUAUUUUUACAGUUCCAGCAGAGUAUAUGAACUUCGGUCUAGCAUCGGCUGUCAAUACGACGGUGCUAGCCAGUAGAGGCGAUGGCACCCCGCCAUCAAAUAGCACUGACAAUUCGUGUUAUGGCUCCCUUCAGAGCAGUCAAACAUCCGGGGAGGACUCACUCAAUAUUCUUGGAGAUGUCUUCCUAAAGAGUACUUUCGUAGUGUUUGAUAUGCGUGGGCCAAAAGUGGGUAUCGCACACAGGAGGGACUAG